GCACCUGCGCCGUCUUCCGCGCCCCGCAACAGAGGCUCUGGCGGCCCGGGCCCUCACGGCAACCCCCCUCCGCCCCCGCCAGCCGGACGAGGCCCUGCUCAGCCUCAGGCCCCGCCGCCCCCGAACCAGCCGCCAGCACCCUUCCCCGAAGACGCCCUCCGUGACCUCCUCACAUGGGACAUGCACAGCAUCAUGACGGCCAACAUCCCGACGGUCACCCGCUGGCCGCUCCAGGACGACUUCGCCCUCCGCGCCACCAAAGCCGACCUCAUGGUCAAUCACGCGGACCCGCAGCUUCAAGAGGCCGCGUGCCGUCUUGAAGCUGCGGGAGAGAGGGGCACAGGAAGGCCGCACACACAGCCAGGAGCAGCCAGAAGGUCACAUCUCUGCUGCUGACUGGCCUUUGUGUCUGUCUAUGUCAGAGAUGGCCGCAUUGCGCCAAGACGGCUGACUCCGUCCUGGUGACCCACAAGAAACUUACCAUCGACUUCAUUACGAAAAGGUCAGUAUUCGUUAACACACGGCCUCCUGACACCAUCUGCUUCAUUUGCUUGAGACGUAAUUGUGUGUGGCUGACCAGAUGGCCGCCCAGUGCGUGCGCUUGGUGGAUGCAUCGCAGGCUCAUUUGGUGCCAGAGGAUUGCAUUGCCCUUGAUGAGAGGAUUGCUGUCUGUGUGCCGAUUGGAUUGCCCUCGCACAGCGGAACUUCUCUCUGAGCCUGUAG